AUGGACGCUCCCCGGAAUCGAAAGCAGCGCCGGGCUGCUGCCGCGGCCGCGAAUACCACCGAGACGACCUCUGAACAUCCCGACAUUCCGCUCGCGCUUCCUGACCGCAGCCAAGAUGGCAAGCGCGAUACACCGACUUUAUAUGACAUCAUCGAGCAGCGACAAAGGGAGCUCCUGAAGCAAGCGGAGAGUCUGAAUAGCCAGUCGGCGCCGGGGAGGAGCCAUAUCCCAUCGUCUCGAUCAUCGGGGACACGGAUCGUGACGGUCGACGAGUCGGGAAACCUGGUGGAUGCGGAUGGCAAGAUUGAUAGUGAGCUGUUGGCGGGCAAAAGGGAGGGAGGGCGACGAAUGCAGAAACAACAGCGCAAUGCGGCGUCGAAAGUAGACGGUGACGAUGGCGAGGAUGAGGAAGACGCCGAGAUUGAGGUUGACGAUCAACCUCUGCCUCCUCUCAUUGAUACAAUCUUGCUCUCUAUUCCAUUGACCACGCUCCACUUGACCCUCGCCUACCUUGCUGCUCAUCAAUACGCGGAAUCCACCAAUGUCCCGGCUCUGAUCAAGGAAUCUAUCUCGAUCACAUUCCCUUUACUCAGCUUCCUUGUUCAUCUCAUGCACGGUCACAUCGUCUCGUUCAGAUUGCAUCACCGUCUCGGCUUUCUCACCGCGACCUCCCAGCCCAUUGCAGUACUCCCGCUGACUCGAGAAAAGUUCUCCAUGUCUUUUCUACGACGGUUGCUUUUCCCGCCGACUGCACGAACGAUCAUGUUGUUGCCGAUUGCGGCUUUGCUAGGUGCACAUUUGGUCGCGGUGACGAAUGGGGAGCCAUAUUACGCGGUGAUGAAGAAGGCGCCUGCGUAUGGUACCAUGUGGAUUUGGUGUAUCUUGGAAAUGUCCUUUGGGCCGGCGGUCCUGGGAGCGUUGGGUCCCUUGGUUUGGGGAGUUUAUUGGAAGGGAUAUGGAAUUUUCUGA